AUGAGCAUAUUGCCUCCCGUACCAGUACAAAGCCCCCAAGAGCAUCCAGAUAUGGAAGAGAUUAGAUGCCCUUCACCAGUCCUCGCAAGGAUGCAUUUGAUCAAAGGCAAAGAUGCCAUAGAUCGUUAUUUGGCCAUGCAUAUCAAAGGAUUGUCAAAACAAGAGGCUGCUGCUUACCGGAAUUCGUACAAGAAGAACAUCUGCAUAGACAUGCUACGGCAGGGUUAUCACAAGUCCUUCGCUGAGCUCUUUACUCUGAUCGAGAAGUGGAAUGCCUUGAGGGAGGCUUCAGGGCCUGGGUCAGCCAUAUGGCUGCAGAAGUCCCUAGAGGAGCAGCCUGAUAAACUGGAUCAGCUUCACCACUUCCUGACCAGGGCUGAGGCAGCCCAGCGAUCAGAAUACUAUGAAGAGAUGUAUUUGAAUCAACUGAGUUUGGCCUAUUGCUUCAACAAAUCUGAAGACAGAUGGUUAAGGAAUUACUUCUACGAACAGUGCUACAAAACUGCUCAACUAAUUAAAAUUGAUGGUGGGAGGAAAGAAGCUGAUGCACAUUCAAAUAUGGGCCUAGUUUACGAGGAGCAGGGUCAGUUCCUGAAAGCUGCAGAACAUUAUGAAGCAUUCUAUCACUUGACAGUGGGGCGCAUAUGGAAAGAUGAGACAGGCCGGACUCUUAAUACACUAGCCUGUGAACAUCUCUGGAGGAUUUACACAUUACUAGCAGACAAAAUGCUACAAAAUAAAGAACACCAACAGGCCAUCAAAACUCUAAUAAAAGCCUUUGAAAUGGCAAAAGAAGCUGGCAACAGGAAUAUGGAGGCAGAUGCGGCCUUCUGUUUGGGUCUGGCGUAUCAUUCAGCUGGAGAAGAAGAUACAGCAAUAUUGAAGCUAAAUGCUUACCUGGAAUUAUCUAAAAUACUGGGAGACUAUGUUGGUAUAGGCAGAGCAUAUCAAGCUUUAGCCCAAGUCCUGGUAAGUCUAGGGGAAAUAGAUGAAGCUAUUACAUACUUGGAGAAGUUUAUGAAUAUUGCCAAGAACAUUCAGCUGACACAUAGCUUAGUGGAUGCAUGUACAUUCCUUGGAAACAUUUACAAUGAAAGAGGGAACUACUCCAAAGCCUGUGAAUAUUUUGAUCAAGCCUUUUGUGCUGCAAAUGUUCUUGGUGAUGUGCCUUUAGUGAAUGAAACAAAGGUAUAUUGUGGCAUUGGGAAAGCUCAUAACAUGAUGGUGAAAGUUAACAGUCAUACAGAAGCGGCAGAUCACGUCGGCAUCGAAUACCUGCUGGCUUGGAAGGGGAAUAGAAGUGACAUGUGCAAUGACCCUUUUACAGUUGCCAUGGAAAAUUAUGAGUUGCCUAACAAUUUGAGGCUUUAUAUCAGCUGGGGAGCCAUUAAGGGAUAUAAGUGUAGGGUUUAUGAUCACUAUACAAGUGUAUCAUUAGUACAUUUCUGUAAUCGUUUGCUGCCCUUGAACUUGUUGAUAUUGCAUACUAAAAUGAGGAAAUCAAACUUAUUCUUUGAUCGUCAAGAAGACUGUAAUAAGUUCAACCCCACGGACACAGCUGCCAAGUGA